AUGUUUAAGCAUUCUAUUUCCAGUUUCUUGCUCUUAGCUGCCUGCGUGGCCAUCAACGCUGCCAGUCCCAGCAGCUCCGUAGAAUCCUCUGGACAUAAAGCUGCACUUGCUGCAAUUCAACCACGCCUACUGCUUUGGAACAGACGCUCUGAAAACAAACCGCAGCAACCGAUCGUCAUUGUGCAACCCAAUUCGGAUGAAUCCGACAGACAUCAUCAUCGUCGUCCCUACUAUCCUGACUACUAUCCAUACCCGUAUCCACCGACUCCACAGCGUCCACCCUUCCAGGUUCCUGGACUCAACGACUAUUUCGGUGGAGGCGGACCCUCGAUUAUAAUCAUCAACCCGAACAAUGCGCAGAAUCUUACUGCCCCCGCUGCUCCAGCUGCGGCCACUACUGGCGGCAGAAGCGGGGGCUUGCGUCGCAAUGCCGUUCCCAUUAUUGAUCUACUGCAGGGUCUUAAUGCCCAGGAGGAUGAUACGGAAGUGAUCAACGCGGCGGACAAUGAGUCGGAGGCAGCAGCAGCAGCAGCGUUGGCCGCUGCCCAAGCGCCGUUGGCUCAAUAUGGCGCUGAGGAGCGUGACGAGGAUCUGGCCGAGGAUGAGCUGGCGCUGCUGGAGCGGCAGGCAGCUCGUGGCUUAAGCACCAAGCAGUUGCUCUCGCUCCUGCUGCAGGACAAGCGACGCAGGCACUUCCAAGAGGCUGCUGCCGGCAUCUACCUGAGGAACUACAAUCAGAAUCGAAAGUGA